AUGCUUGUCCACUACCUUCUUUUCCCGUCCCUUAUUUGGGCUGGCCUUGUCGCCUCUCGACGGCCACGGGCAAACCCAACUCAGGAUGGAUGCAAAAUCCUGCGACAGCACUAUCCAGAGUCAACUAUUUUCCCUGGAACAGCACGGUAUGACUUUGAGAAUACAUAUUCCUGGAGUGCUACUGCAUGGCUCGGGCCCGCCUGUGUCUUUGCUCCAAACACACCCAAGAUGGUUUCGUUUGCCGUGAAGCUGUUCGCAGAGCUAAGCGUACCGUUUGCGGUGCGGGCGGGCGGGGGAAUGACGGUUGAUAAUGCAGCGAACAUAGGCCCAGAAGGCAUUUUGAUUUCCAGUACGAAUUUCACCGAGAUGCGAAUUUCUGGCGAUCUGCAGAGCGUCUCUGUAGGUCCCGGGAUUCGGUGGCCGGAGUUCUAUGCCUACCUUGAUACCUUUAAUCGCACCCUUGAUGGAAUCCGCCUGGGCAACGUUGGCGUUGUCGGACUACUCCUUGGAGGUGGAAUCGGGUUCUUUUCUUACGAGCAUGGAUCGAUUUCCACUGAAGUUCAGUCAUUUGAGUGCGUCCUCGCAAACGGUACCAUUGUCGAGGCCAGUCUUACUAAGAAUGCUGACCUGUUCUGGGCGAUGCGUGGAGGAGGAAACAACUUUUGCAUUGUCACGCGGGCCGACCUUCGCACGCUCAAUGUCUCUUCCGUUGAUAUCGGCUCAGUUUCCUAUGGCACAGCUGCUCAGGAGCAAUACGUACGGAGUAUGAUCGGCUUCGCCCACAACGCCGACUUCGACCCUAAAACCGCGGUGGAGGGACAAAUCCGCUGGAGUCCGUCCACGAAUAUCAACAAGACAUACGACUCCUUCAUCUUCCAUAGCGGUGAGACGGCUCAGAUCAGUUCGCAGAACUUCAGCGCACCAGGCUUGCAGAACUUCACUGCACCUGUCAUGCCGGUUGUGGCGGGAGAAGUCACUCGACAGACUAUGGGACAGUGGUCGAAUUCGGUAGACUACGCGGCAGACGCUGGGAGAAGGCAGCUCUGGCACUCUGUCUCCAUCCCCGCAGAUCCUAAAAUCUUCAACAUCCUCAUCAACUCUUACUUCGACGGCAUUGCGGGCUUGGCUGAUGUCCCUGGGUUCUUCACCGCGCUGGCCAUUAUGCCCAUCACACGAAGCCUCCUACUAAAGAGUGAGGCCAAUGACGGAAGCCCUCUUAUUAACAAUGGACAAAACGAUCCCCAGGUCUGGUUGGUUGAGAGUGCAUCCUGGCUUGAGGCCACCGAUGACGAAGCCGUGUUCAAUGCCCAUGCCAGAGCGAAUGAGGACAUCAGGGCCAACAUUGAAGCCGCUGGUUCUUCCGUGCUCCCGUUUGUAUUCCUGAGCGCCAGCCAAAAAACCCAGUCCAAUGAAGUCUUUCCUGGAUACGGCCAGGAGAACUGGCAGCGAUUGAAGGAUAUUAGGGCGAAGUAUGACCCUGACAUGGUGAUCACGAACUUGGUGCCCGGCGGUGCCAAGGUUAUCUAG